UUUCAUUCCGAUAAAAGUCGGAGGUAAAACGAUAUCAAAAAUUUGGUGUUUGCUCGAAAGGCAGCAAGUUGCUGGCCAUUCAUGGACGUUUUAUCCUUUUUGGAGACAGAAAGACGAGAUUUUACUAGAGGCGAAGAUAAUUUUAUGAUGUCACUGUACGACAAGAAAAGAUUGAAGCUUGAUUUACCAAGUAAAGUUAAAAAACAAGACAAUAACAAUGCGGUUCUUACUUCACCUGAUUUGAUAAAGUUGAAGCUUGAUUCGCCAGAACUCGAGAGAAUUAUCCUUGCUACUGCUGGCAGUGCUACUCCCACACCGAAACAAUACAGAAGAAUAAAAGGAGCUUCAGAUCUUACUGUUAGAGAACAACAAGAACAAUAUGUACGAGGAUUUGAAGACGCUCUCAAUAAAAUGAGACAGGAAAGCAACACAACACAGCAAAACAACGAAGCCAUUGCUUCGACAUUAAGCACUAUAAUCUCUAACAAUAACAACACUAUCACGAAAACGACUCAUGAUAAUGAAAUUGCCUCAAACCAAGCAGUAAAUGGGGCUUCUUACUCGUAUGUUAAAUGUACUGCCACUGUACCCAACACAUCGUAUCCAAGUACAAAUUUUGUCAACACAAGCAGUGGUUUUCAACUAAAAACCCCGGCCAAACAUGACCUAACCUUACCCGUGAAAAACCCAACGACAAAUCAUAUAAGAACAGCGGAAAAUACUCCAGUUGUUAUGGUUAAACCUGUCCCAAACAACAGUGAAUCAGAUGAUAUCACAGCGGCACAAUUAUUGGUCGAUCCUGUCCAUGGUAGUUGUUCUCAAAAUGUGUCAGAACAAAGUGAAGUCCUGUCUGUUGCUACGACAAGUUAUUCUGCAAUUUCGACAAUACCAAUAGAUUUACAUCAGCAAGAGGAAGUUAAAACUGAACGCAAGAAACAUAGAAAUCGCGUAGCUGCAUCAAAAUGUCGAAAGCGAAAACUAGAGAGAGAAUCAACCUUGCAAGAAACUGUGAAUGAGUUAAAAUUCAGACAUAGUGAACUGAGUAAUCUAGCUUCAAUAUUAAGACAACAAGUUUGUGACUUGAAACUACAAGUAAUGGAUCAUAUGAAAAGUGGUUGCGAGGUAUUCCCAGUGACGGCAACCUAACAAUAUUGUAAGUAAAUGAUAUGUUAGUAUUCUAACAAUAUAUAUUCUCUUAGUGUUAGUAAUAAGUGGUACUUAGCAAUCACUUUAUAUUCUUUUAUCUGAGAUAAAAAGUAAUCAUGCAUAAUUUUAAUUUGUGUAGCUAGAUUUUAUAUAAUGCUUUGGAAAAUAAAGUAUAUAUUGACCAACAGUAUUCUAAUAGCUUAGUAAAGCAGAAUAAAAACUUAAUUUAUAAUACAGUCAAGUCUCAGUUAUGGUACACUCAGAUCUCUCUGCUACAGACAGUUAAUAUGGUCAGUCAGAUCUCUCUGUUACAGACAGUUAUGGUCUUUUAAAAGAUAAUAUUUAUUGGAAAAUAUUCAAAUGUUUUUUAAAAGAAAAUUAUUUAUUGGUACAUAUUUUGAAAACUGCCUUGUAGUACAGAGGGAAUAUUAAAGUGGUAUCUGCCUGAAUAGGUUAAUUCAACUGUAUCUUAUUAUUUCCAUGACAAAAAUUGAUCAUUCAAUUCACUAAAUAAUUAAAUAAUUUCAAAACAUUCCCUGGCAGUACAAAAAAUAGCAAAAUUAAACUUUGUGUUAUUAUAAGUUCGGGCUCAAUUCCAAUCAAUUCCUAAUUAGAGUUUCAAACCAUUUCUAAUUCGAACAAUUGGAUCUUGUGUGAUUGUCUGCAUUUUAGAGGCUGUUUACAUGAUCCCACUUUGCCGAGACAAGAUGUAUGUUUGCCGGGACAAGAUUCUGAUGUAUUGAAAUAAGUCGAUUCAGCCAGACUAAAUUAUUUUUCAAGCAACAGAUUCUAGUAUAAUUUAAAACGAAAGGUUGUUCAAGCAGCAAUUAUAAUAUUCUUGAACUGAGAUGUUUUCAAAUAUAUUAAAUGUUCUCAAAUAAUUGCUUGACAACAAUUGAGCUCUUCUAACUGGCAUUUGAACUUUCGUUAAGCCUAGUAACUUGUUUCAAUACAUCAAAAUCAUCUUACCUUCCAUCUCGUCCCGGCAAGCCGGGAUGUAUUAAAACAGCCCCUUUAUAGUCAAAUGCACAAGAGUAGAUGAAAGUUGCCAAGCAAGAGUUUGGGUUUGUGUCACUUGGAAGCCAGAAAUCUAUUUAAGAUGUGAAGAAUCUCAUUAUUUGCACUGAUUAAAUAUAUGGUUAGGCCUUUGAUCAAAAUAUUGGAAUUCUACAGCCUGCAAGAACCAGGCAUUUAGUUCAACUGUCCUAUGGACAUCCCCUUGAAAUUAGACAGUUGCUUUUUAAUGAGGGCCAUGGACAGCCUGUCAGAAUUUUUUUUUAAACAGCAACUUACAAGCUUUGUGAUAUUUCUUGAAUACCUCAAAUGUUGCCAGCUGCUGUUUAUCGAUUGCAUAUGUUUCCACACUCAGGGUAUUUUUUUCAUUUUUGACACCCGGGCUAAAAGCCUGGCAAGAACCAACAAGUCCCCAGAGAUUACAUAUGCUCAAAACUUGCCCAUGCUAGGACUAUUUAAGUUUAGUGUAAACAAGCAUGUAAUAGCAGAUGUGUGCUAAAACCCAAGCUCAAAAAGCUUGCAUGACUCGCAUUAAAUCAGAAUUUAGCCGGUACAAAGUUGAUGAAAGUUAGUGGCAUACACUUCAGGGUUUCAGUGUACAUUUAAAGCUCUACAAUAUGAGAAUCUUUGAGAACAUUGGUCACUUGAUUAUUGUGUAUGUUAAUUGUGAUAUUUGUCAAGUGGUAAACUAGUCCAAGUGUUUUAAAAAAUGUUUUUUGACUGGUUUACAAAACUAUAAAUUUAGAGUUCCUGUGUACAGUACAUUUCCAGAUUGUAUAUAGUUUAUUAUUGUAAUAACAGCUGCUUAAUUAAGGUUAUGUUGCAAUAAAAUAUAUUAUUCUUUCAUCCUUUGUUUGAACUAGAAUUUCAAAGUAAACUUGCUAACAAUUGUCUGACAGAUUGGUACCAUAGUUAAACGGGGAAGGUACUAUAUAGUUUCCAGGUGCAUCAGUGAUGUGUAAGACGUCACAAUUGAUGUUAAAUCUGAUGCUUUUACCUUAAUUAAAUCCUACAAAUUCUACCCUAAUCUUCCGGGCUGGUUCAGGGGGCAUAGGAACCCUGGGCACAGGAGGGUAUGUGCCCCCCAAAUUGUUUCAAAAGUCCCAAAGUGACCUUUUUUGUGAUGAAAAGUGCCCAUUUUGUACAAGCUAAUGUCGCUGUAAACACUAAAUUGACAUUUGACAUGGAGAGGUUUAAGAUGUAACUUCCACUGGGGUCAUUCCAUUUAAUGUACACCCCCCCCCUAUGGACGAGGUCAAUAAAAUUCGACACAAACACCCC